AUGACCGAGUCAUUGGCUCCUUGCACUCCACUUGACAGUCUUGGCUCGGCCACCCGGACACCGCGGGCCCGAGCUUUGCUCUUGUCGGUGACAACCCACGAACCUGCUAUCGACACGACAUGGAGGGAGCAGAUCGAGAGGAAACGAUCCAGUCGAAGCGCCAGCGACUUUCUUUGGUCCCCAGAGCUGGAAGAGCAAAUCGAAGCACUCGGGGGUUGUCUCCGUACCAUCGAAGGCCAGCUCGCCAGCCAGAAAGGUGCCUCGGAGCACCGUACAACUUCUCCCGUUUCUAAUACAGCGACAACCAGGAAUAAACCCGUGGCAGCACAGCUGGCAGGCCCGCCAGUUUCUCUGUAUGAAGGAGAUUCCUCCUUCACCAGCCAGUCGGCUCAAGCCAGAGACGUUGCCGAAACCUUUGCAGGCCCAGACGAGUCCAAUUUAAAUGGAUCGUUCGAUUCUCUCAAGACCCUUCUGCGACCAGCUUCACAAGACCACCGGUUUUCUGAUACUGCCACACCUAAUCCCACGCCCAUGUCUUUACCCCUGCCCGCUGAGCUGGUACUUGCCAUACUGCGGAGUAUCCAGGUACAAAAACCCAUGUUCUUGUGGUCACACCCGAUCAAUGAUACGUCCCUGGUGGAGCGUAUUUGCCAAAAAGUCUACUUCCCAACGCGGACCAUAUCCCCGGGCGAUAUCGCAGCCAUGCAUGGGGUCCUUUAUUUCCUCAUAAGAGAAUACAUCCUGAAGAAAGACCCCCUGUGCGACCAAUUCGAUCUCGAGACACAUCUGCUUAGCUGCAAGCAGAGUUUCUAUGUCGAUAUAGAGAAGUACGAUGUGUGGGCUGUGCCCAGCUUUGAGAAUAUCAUUGCACUAAUCAUCGGCAUCCUCAAAGCACAAGACGAAGCCAAACCCUUACUAGGCUGCCAUUUAGUUGCAACCGCCGCCCGACACUGCCAGAUGCUCGGAUACCACCGCGAGUCAACUUACCUAAAGAGCGACGAAAGAGAUGCAGAGAACAAGCGCCGGCUCUUCUGGACCAUCUAUGUCUUCGAUAAGAACAUGUCCCUUAUCCUGGGCCGCACCUCUUACAUUCAGGACUUUGAUAUCGACGUGAGACUGCCAACCCCGUCUUCCGAUCCUGCCAUCCGGCCUUGGGACGAGAUUGCCCUUCCGGUGAUCAGAUUGGCUGGGGUCCAGGGCGAGAUCUAUGAUAAACACUACUCGGCUAGGGCUUUGAAAAGAGCACCUUCUGAGCCGGUUGAUUGGGCAAUUAGUAUCGAGUCCUUGGAUACAGAACUGAUCCAGUGCCGAUAUGACAGAGAACAGGUCGAUUCAAGCACAGUUGAUGACCGUCCACUCUUCGAUGUGUCCCAAGGAGCAUGGGAUGUCGUUUGGCAUUCCACCCGAACCACUCUUCUGCGCGCAUCCUCCACUGUGGGCAACACCUGCGAGAUUGGCUCGCGGUGUUUUGAAUCCGCGCGUCUAAGCCUGCAGAGCCAUCUGCGCUGCUUUUCAGCUUUCCAAAAGCCAGGGCCCUACUCGACUGUAGAAUAUGCCAACUGGGUCCUCUUGUAUUCAUCCUUAACCCCGUUCAUUGUCAUCUUCCUCCAUGCGAUUGCCGCGACAAGCAUAGAUGACGUCCUUCUACUCGACGACGUAGUCGCGACCCUGCACCAUACUCGAGCUGUUUCCAGUGCCUGUGAGCGCCUGUACAAGGUCUGUGAGACCUUUGCUCGCGUGGCCCGCGGUUUAGUCGAAGCCCGCAAACCAGGCCUGGGGAAGUAUAAUCAGCAAGAGGACUCGCUGCAGUUGGAAGAGAUGUGGAAGGCCUCCGGGUCUGAUCCGGACUCCUCGCAUGAUUUCCUCGGUGUCGAUAUGAUGGAUUAUCUCACGUAUCCUGAGGCCCAGGAUAUAUCGGCGCUUCUCAAUAGCUGGGAUGGGGGACAGCCGUCUGCGAUGGAGAUGCUUGGGAUGGGCUUUGGGGAUUCUCUCGAUUGA